ACUGACGCCUGUUGUAGCCGAGAUGAAGGCCGCGUAUGAUGAGGCAAGAUGUUACCAUUUACAAGAUAAUGACUCUGACUCCGAUGGGGGCAGAAAUGACAGUGAGUUACAAGUAUUGUCUGAUGGGGAAUUACAGGAAGAUCUGCCAGAUCUAGAACCCCAUAGGAAAAAACACAAGCCUGAUACUCAGGGUAUAGAAUUGUGUGACAGACCUCACGUAGCCGGCGCAGUCAAAACCGGAAUUGGGGACGUUUUACGCAACCAAAAUGGCGGCGCCCAGUCACAGAGCAACGCCGAAACGAAACUUAAAACCUGCGACAGGUUUGUUGUAAAAAAGAACGUCAUGUCUGGUAAAAUAGACAGCGCUCUAGCAGAGAAAAUUUCCGGUUAUUUGAUGAAUGGGAUUGACAAAACUGAGAAAGAAAUCACUAUGAAAAACGUUCUGUUUUUGCCACCAAUAAACUGCCCGCGCCUAGAUGUGGUACUUGUUAAUCAAGGUGUGUUCAACAAAGCGGACAGGGAAACUAGGACGGGGGAUGUGAUCCUACAGAAUUUCCAGAAAUCCCUUCUUAAAGGUAUUACUAUUUUAGCAAAAUCCAUGGAUAAAUUUAUUAAAGCUGAGGAAGGUGAAGCUGACCCUCCGUCUAUUGAGGAAACUAAAGAUCUACUUUCAGAGGCAUUAGCUAUUCUGGGAGACACCUCCCAUGAAAUUGAUCUCAGGCGGAGAGUUCUUUUUCGUCCUACCAUUGAUCCUGCACUCGCACAGGCUCUGUGUGGGGACAGUGCACCAGUUGAGGGUCAACUUUUUGGUUCAAACUUGUCUCAAAGAGUUACAGAGUUAAAAGACAUUAACAAAGUAACCAACAGUGUGGUAAAACCAAGCACCAGUAUUUUAGGAAAAGGACAUUAUCCUAACUAUAAGAGACUACAUUCACAGGCUGCCCCUCGCUACAAGCUCAAACAUGGAACUGGUAACCCUUUUUUAGGGCCAAGCUACCUGUCUCCACACAAGAAGGCAGGGUAUCAGAGCAACCGGGGAAAGCAGCAGGUACAAAGGUACAAACCAAAGCCCCAGUACCCACAGAAACAGCAAAAACAUCAGUGGUACUAGAUCAGUUUAAUGAGUGCAGUAUUGAGAAAGUUGAGAGAAGACGAGGGGGAGGCAAUAGUGAUAGCACCAGUCUGGAACACUCAACCUUGGUGGCCCCACAUUUGUCGAAUGCUGGUAGAACAACCAAUCCUUCUACCCAAGAGGAAAGACUUAUUAAGGCUACCGUCGGAUCCUCUCAGGAUACACCCACUGUGGCCAAAACUUCAGAUGAUGGCCUUUCGCUUGUCAGGGAAAGAUUACAAAAACAAAGUGUAUCAGUACGAGCCCAGGAAAUUAUAUUGAAUGCUUGGAGAUCUGGCACUAAAGUUCAAUACAAAAUAUAUUUGAACAAGUGGGAACAAUUUUGCACACAACGUAACCUUGAUAAAUUAGAUCCCAUGAUCAGUGAUGUUCUAGAUUUCUUAGUAUUGCUUUAUGAUUCAGGUAUAGGUUACUCAGCAUUGAACACUGCCCGGUCAGCACUGUCAACUAUUGUCAGAGUUCAAAAUUGGACAGAACCUCUUGGAACUCAUCCACUCAUAAAAAGGUUUUUAAGAUCUGUAUUUCAAUCCAGACCAAGUUUGCCGAGAUACACAAAAACUUGGGAUGUCAGAGUGGUUCUUGAUUACCUUAAAUCUCUUAAAACACCAUCAGAACUCACAUUAAAACAGUUGACAGAAAAACUGGCCAUGUUGUGUGUUCUGGUGACUGGUAACAGAUGCCAAUCUAUCACAUUAAUGGACAUUGAUCACAUGGAAAAACUAGAUACACACUACAAGUUUCAUAUUAGAGAUUUAGUUAAACAGUCAAAACCAGGCAAGCAUAUGGCAGACCUGCUUAUACCAGCAUAUCCUGUGGACAAAAAUGUUUGUGUCGUGACGUUAUUAGAGGAAUAUCUUGUUAGGACUUCUAAUAUUAGGAACAGUAAUAGAUUAUUUGUGAGUUAUGUCAAGCCUCACAAGAACAUAAGCACUGCUACCUUAAGUCGUUGGAUAAGAAGUGUGCUCAGUAAAGCUGGUAUAGACACAGACAUGUUUAAGGCACACAGUACACGGGCUGCAUCAACUUCAGCAGCGAAAUCGAUGAAUGUACCACUAGAACAGAUUAUGAAAACUGCAGGGUGGAGCAGACAAUGCACAUUCAGCCGAUUUUAUGAUAAACCUGUUGAUGAACCAAACUAUGGUUGCAAAAUUUUGG